GCACUGACACUAGCACAACGCGGCGUAGUUAGAUGGAUAAAGCCGAACAUAUCGCAUUAUUUCACCUUAUUCGACGUGCAUCGCUAUUAGUGUGCGGAGGUUGAAGGCUGUAUUGCUUACGUUUUCGGUGAAUUCGUGUAUUUUAGUUGCCGGCGGAAUCCAGAAACCAGAGGAACCGGGCCGGAAGGUUUCGUCGUGAAGUAGGUUUGCCAAUACCCGAGGCUGAUGGUGAUAAUUAGAAGGAAAUUUCUGUUUCUGGCGUCGUCCUACGAUGGCAAGCCACUUCUACACCCUAGGUUAUCCCGAGCGCGGAACAGAAUUCGCAGACCAGUACCAGCAGUCACGGCCCACUUUCUGCCAUUUCGGUACCAUCCUGCAUUUCUAUAGAAGCGUGUAGCUUGGGAAAGAAGUAAAACGAAGAAAGCAACUCUGUCUUGCGACAUACGUAUUCAUAGUCAUAUAGUUUUCCUUACCGGACAUUCAUUCCGCUGGGCAUGUCUUCCGGAAGUGGUAAAAAGAAAGUAGUUGCAGCUGCUGCAUCACCGCUGUCGUCCGUCUCAAUAACUCCGAAUCCUGUGACAUCGGUACCAUCAACGGGUGGUAUAAAGCUCUUGAUUGACAGGAGUAGAAUCGUUAACGUUCUUCCGCCAAAAACGCAAUCUGGUGUGCAGAGGCAAUCUGUACCCGGGGUUCAAAACGUAUCCCUAAUCGAUUCCAAUGCAGAUAAUUUGACGAACGGUUCCCAUGCUGGCUCAUCUACUUCAGUGACAACUGUACCCAUAAGACAGAAGAGCAUUGUUAAAAACCUUGCCCUACCAACCAUCACGAUCACUCACAGCACAGGUACCGUUGACACCGGAGAGAUGCGUGUGAAAGUGACGGGAGAAGAUCGUAAUGGUCAACCUUUGGCGGCCGGUGGACAGUUGGGGCCAGUAAAGCAAAGUUUGUUGAUAAGACGGCCCUCGACAAAUCGUCGAGUCACAGUUCCUACAACACCGGAAACCGAUGGCAUCAAUGGGCAGCAAGCUGUUGUUCCUUCGUAUACGACAGUCCCAUUGUCGGAUGGAAACAGCCUAAACCGGAAUACAUCAGCCAAUUGGCAGGCAAAAGUAAUAUCAACGGCGGCUGUAAUUCCCACUUCCUUGCCCUCAGCAAGCAGCACUACCAUUUUUGUACCAGUCGGUCAUGUACAUCCUUCUAAAACAUGCAAUUACAGAACAGGUCUGACAGAUGUAUAUUCCGUUCCAAACAUGCGAUACAAUUCACCAUCAUCGCAAACAUCGCCCGACAAUAUACCGACCAAGAAAGAGCAUAUUGACAGCGUUGUUACAGCUUCCGGUGAAAACACGUCACCAGACUUUGAAGGAAUUACUACAGAAUCUCUUGAAGAUACGGAUCGAUCUACUGGUACGGAUGCGGCAAGCUCUAGCAAAGUGGCAGGCGAAGAGGUGAUUAGUAAGCCAUCUCGUGAAAUAAAGUCGCUUCAAUUGAUGCAAUCAAGAUCGAAAAUUUUGACCGAGUUCAUCGCUGACACUUCCAGUAAAGGUAAAUUGCGGAAGCGUCAUUCGGAUGGUUCAGCUGAUGUAGAAUCGGUAAAUGUGGAUUCAUCGGUAGCUGGGACGACAACGCAAUUGCAAUCACGUAAACGGCUUCGAAGACAAUCAACGAUUCAUUCGAAUGCUAUGGACGGCAAAGGAUUGGCGACUGAUUCAUCUUACAGGCUAGACAAUAUAGUUGUCGAUUCACCAGUGGCUAAAGGUAGAAAAGGACGCUCGUCUGCUAAACUAGACUGUUCCUUGCAAAAAAAUACCAAUGAAUAUUCUAGUAACACGAAGGAUGAUAGUACGGAUUUCUUUACGAGUUUGAACCUCAGUUACGAACAGAAUAACAUUAACGAACCAUCGUUCCCAGCAAAUCCACCGAAGCCUGGAUGGGAUCGUUUUUGUUGGCGUUGCAAAAAAAGCGACCCAGAUUUGGGUUGCUGCAAGUGCAUCAGAAGUUAUCACAGUGAUUGCGUACGCUAUUCGGUUGAUGAUCCGAACUGGAGCUGUCCCGAAUGUAAAACGACGCAGAAUGUACGCGCGGAUAUCGAGUCCAUGUCUAAGUGUCUGGGAUAUGUGCUAGAUAUAAUAACUAUGCAUCCAGAAUGGAAUGAAAUGUUUAAUCCUAUCGAUAAAUCGAUUAUGCCUCACUACGAUAAAUACAUCACCCGCCAUAUGGACCUGUUCGUGUUAAAGAAAAAUUUGGCACAGAGAGCAUACAAAGCUCCGGAAGAGUUUUUAUCAGAUAUGAGUUGGAUAGUGCACAACAUGUCCAUAUAUCCUGAUAAAAUAUUACUGUUGAAACAUGCCCGGGCUAUGCAGAAAAAAUCUAAACACGAGAUAGAAGAAAUAGAGCCUUGUCAUGAGUGCUAUAUACACGCUAACACACAGUCUGAACAUUGGUUUAAAGAACCAUGUUCGAAACCACACCUAUUAGUGUGGGCUAAACUGAAAGGAUAUCCGUAUUGGCCCGGCAAACUGUAUAUGAUUAACAACAACAAUCAAGCAUAUGUACGUUUCUUUGCUACACACGAUCGAUCCUGGUUGCCGGUGAAAGAUUGUUUUCUUUACUCCCAGCAAGAUCCUAAUCCUUCGAAGAAUGUGAAGAGUAAACUAACAUCAUCUUUUGCAAAUAGUGUGAAAGACAUAGAGCAUCAUAUUACCCGAUUGCGAGAACAAUUCACCAUCUUCAAUUAUGGUCCAUUUAUGGAAUUGGUAGAUCCUUUGCGGCAUGAGGAACAGCAACGUACAAUGCUUCCGGGUGCAUACCUGAAAAAAGUGAAAGUUACGAUCAAAAGAAGUGAAGGUGAGAUGGUUGCCGUUGCUUCAUCUACUAACGAUGAAGUACAGACUCUUCCAAAAAAUAAAGUCAGAUUGGAAUUGGACAAAAGUGCAACUCUCGUUAACAAAGAACCGGCGAAGAAGGGUACGCCAAUCAGUCCCCCUCGUAAGCGAAUGACACGGCGCAUGUCGCGGAUCUUGAGGGAUGCAGACGAAGUAAGUGAACAACCGCUACCACGUAUCGAAUGUUCACAGGAAGUCACGAAUGUGCCUAAUGUUUCCCUCACGCCAAGCGAAGAUAAAGCCGAUAAAACGAUCGAACGUAAUCAAUCGUCUGACAGAACGACUGACGACAAGAUAGAAGAUUCUAAAAGCUCCGAUUGUAAUCCAAAAAAUCUAUCGCUGUUACUUCGACGUGGCUCACAAUCGUGGGAAACAGAACCACUUUCCAAGCGUCGCAAAUCAACGAUUGAUAAAACCAUAUUAUUGACCGCUGCCUCUAAAACGAAUCCUCCCAUCGCACCAACCAAUGUUACAGAGACGGAUAAACAGAUAGAUAUAACAAAUAUGAACAAGCAUGAUGAAGAACCAACUGCGGAAAAGCCAACUUCCAUUACAUCGGUGAAAAAGAGUACAAUGCCCGAAGUAAAUUUAACAACGACAUGUGCUGCUAAGGCUAAAGAGCCACAAAAACAUACUGCUGAGCUUGUCGCUGUAACCGUCCCCGUAGAAAAACCUUCACCGCAAAAGGAGUUGGUGUCGGCGCCAGUUGCUGCGGUGGUUCCUGCUGUCGUUCCAGCAAGUGACCCUGCAGAAGAUAGACCUUCACCACCUUCAGCGACUGUCACGGUGAAUGUUACUCAGGACGCGAAUGCUAGCUUUGAUAUUAACCAAGAGGUAUCUGUUAAAGAAGAAAUUGUCACAGUACCUGAGGUUAUUGCAAUAGCGCACGACAAUAAUAAUUGUACCUUGGUCGCGGCAAGGGAGCAGACCGCAUCUGUCGGCAGUUCGGAAUCAUUGCUAGCUACACGACCUGUAGCUAUGGAGAUUAGUGCAGUCGGCAAAACUGAAAUGACCAAAGGUGACACGAAUUCGGCUCCUAUUCCGAUUGUGCCUAGCAAACAGACGGCAAGGAAGUCAUUUCCUGGAGGUGCGGGAGCUAAACCAGUGUUGCCUUCUGGUACAUUAGGAAACAGCAAGAGUGCACUAGUUUCCAUACCGAAAGAACUCGUUGCACCAUCUGAGGAGCUUUCGAUGAUUCCAACUGCCGACAAUCAAGUUGAUGUGUGUUUGGGUACCGUUUUAAAUGAUCAGGAGGAUGAUGUUAUGAUUGUUGAAGAAGCGAUAACAUCACCUAUACCAUGUCAAGAAUGGACGAUGAAUAAAAACCAUCAGCUCCCUCCACCACUUGCACCGAAGCCUCCGGAAAGGCAUCCGCCUCCCUCCGAUAGCACCAUCGAUUUGAACAACUCUAUGCAGAUAUUUGAUGAUAGCUCGAAUAGGGUGGUGGACCACAUCCGGAUGGUGAUGGAAGAUAUGCUGAAAGAAAUGUCUGGAAAAGGGUCGUCGUUGGCUGAGCUGGCUACGCUCAAAUUAAACCUAGAGCGACAAAAUGAGUUAUGGAGGCAAGAGAAACAAACAAUGCAACAGGAGUUUGAGCGUAAAAUGGCGGAUUUACGUAUCGCUUUUGGGCAGGAGAAGGACCGAUCACUGAAGAAACAGCGACUGCAAUUAAUUGGAGAGAAGGAGCGUGCGGUGCAUGACGCGAAAAUGAAGCAAUGGUGCAAGAAGUGUUACAAGGAGGCUAGCUAUUAUUGCUGUUGGAACACUGCCUAUUGUAGCGAGAAGUGUCAACUUAUACAUUGGCCAGAGCAUCAGAAAACACAUAGCGCACCAGGCAUUAAUUCGAUCCUACAACCCAGUUUUUCGACUCCGACCUUCACAAGCUCAUCGCAACCCGACAACAACGCUGCUAUGCGUGGCCGUUCGGCAUUGACUAUGUCCGGGGUAUCUACGUUCGGUAGCGGGGACAAUAGCAACGUAACCAAGAGAUCCCCGGCAAAUCGAUUCGUACCGCAGUAUGAAAUACCUCCAACAAGCACUCCGUUGCCGACCCCGGUUCACUGUAUGUCCAGCGCGAUAACUGGUUUCAAAACACCUGCCGUACAGCCUGUGCACGGAAGGGACAGUAUUAUCAUCAAAAUGUCUCAACAUUCUACGCAGAAUGGAAGCAAUACUACAUCAACUCUGAAUACGGUUCAACAACAGCUGCAGAUGCAGAAAAAGAAUAUCGCACGUGACAAAGCUAACCUGCCAAAUCAUCAGAAAGCGGUUAGUCCUAACCAGGUAUACGUACAAAAAAAAGCAAGCGACAUCAUGCCGUCACCAUAUCAAACAUCGACAACUAAUGCCAUGAAGAUACCAUCUUCUGCAUAUGCAACUGCUACAACAACCUCUGAUGAAGUAGUCGGUAGCAGUCCUGUGGCGUCUAGUGCUUGGAAUAACAUGGCUAUGUUACAUCCGACCGCUAAUCGUCAAAUGCAUUCGGGUACAACAUUCAGCUCAUCAGGAGGUAGAGCUGGUACACAAAAAGGGCAAAGGCAUCACCUAACUAUUACUUCCAUUGUGCAGCAAGCAAAACCCAUACAACCUUCGUCCACAACAUACAUGCGACAUCAACAAUAAUUAUACGUUCGCGAUAGACGAACGCGCUAAUAUAGUUCAAUUUUGCAAUGAUAAUAUUGGCCAACUAAAUCUUAUAUUACUAAACACGUAGUAAUAUUAACUCAAACAACAAUUAUAUUUAUAAGAGUAGCAUUAUCCAGAUUUUCCCAUUAUUUAAAAAUAUUUUUUAUAAGCUUCUAUGAAAUUAUCUGUACAUUACGAAUAUGCUGUAUAUACAUAUAUUUUAAAUGCUUUAAUAAGUUGAUUGGGCGCAGUAAAAAAUCGCCAACAUUUGCACGUUGCAAACAUUUAUAUGGAAUCUUAGUUGGUUGAAUCAAUUUAUUAUGAUAAUAUUAAAAUCCAGAUAGGAAGCUGAUACUAUUGCAUAAAUCAUAUAACUAUAAAAAGAUAUUUGAUAUUUUUUUAAAAUAGAAGUUGAAUUAAGGAAUAAACUGACCAUAAUAUCAAUGGAUGCAAUGAAACGGUCAAAGUAUAGGUGUAGACAUUUGUAUAAAAGUUCUUUUUUUAUAAAUUAUGCAUUUAAUUACGAUACUUUUAAACCUCUUAACAGUUAAUACAUUGCAGCUAAUUAUGA